AACACCAGGAGCCGGGUACGACUCUGUCCUUUCUGAGAAAUUGCCUGAGGAGUACAGCUCUGGCGGUCGUGUCGUGACGAAAAAACAGCAACGAACCCCCCACCCUAAAGGCACACAAAGGGAACUAAAAGAUGCCUGCGAAUAACAAGGACGAGGGUGGAUGGAAGAAAUUUCUGUGGAAUUCUGAGAAGAAGGAAUUUUUAGGACGAACCGGCGCCAGUUGGCUUAAAAUCUUCAUCUUCUACGUUAUCUUCUAUGGCUGCUUGGCUGGAAUUUUCAUCGGCACCAUCCAGGCAUUGCUGAUGACCCUUAGCAACUACAAGCCCACCUACCAGGACAGAGUUGCACCCCCAGGUUUAUCACACACCCCACGCUCUGAAAAAUCCGAGAUCUCGUUCAACACCGCAGAAGAGGAUACUUACAGAACGUACACGAAAGACAUGAAGAACCUGCUGGAGCCAUACAAAGACGAGUCACAGACUGAUGACACGAAAUUCGAGAACUGCGGAGAGAGUCCAGCUGUUUACACGGACCGCGGUGACCUGGAGGGUGACACAGGCGUGAGAAAGGCCUGCCGCUUCAGUAGGACCUUGCUGCGCGACUGCUCAGGCGUAGACGACGCCACUUUCGGCUUUGGGUCGGGCAAACCCUGCCUCAUCGUUAAGCUCAACAGGAUCGUCAACUUCAAGCCCAGACCUCCAACAAAGAACGAGUCUUUACCUGCAACUGGCAGCAUGAAGAUUCAACCCCACGUGAUUCCUAUUCACUGCAGCAGCAAGAAAGAAGAAGACGCCGGCAAAAUCGGCGAGAUCAAGUACUUCGGCCUGGGCAACGGCUUCCCCCUGCAGUACUACCCUUACUACGGCAAGCUGCUCCAGCCCCAGUACCUCCAGCCCCUGGUGGCCAUCCAGUUCGCCAACAUCACCGCUAACGAAGAGCUGCGCGUGGAGUGCAAAGUAUACGGAGACAACAUCGCGUACAGCGAUAAGGACCGCUAUCAGGGACGCUUCGACGUUAAAAUCACGGUCAAGUCAUGACCUCAGCUAUGAAAGUAGCACUUUUACCCUGCCCAUUUCAAAGUGUAAUUAUUUAGACGAAACAAACAAAAAUAAGAGUUCGAUAUUAUAAAAAAAACGACAAAAAAAAAGAAAAGGAAACACGGCUAGUCUUGAACAAACUUUCAUAACAUACGGGACCUACACUUAAUCUGUACGCUUUACACUAGCUUUCUCCGCAAAUAUGUCUAGGGUUAGAAUGUAAAAACAAGUACAGGAAGAGUAGCAAUAGCAACAUAUUUAUUCUACUGUAAAUGAGAAUAUUCUUUGAGCCAUGGGACGUGUUCAUUCAUUACUGUAAAUUAUAAUUCCACUACUGAUGUAGCGAGCAGUGUUUCUGUCCCUGAGUAUUUCUGCCUUGAGUGGUCGGUCUCGCUCUGUAUUUUUUUUCGGAGUGCGCAGUGCAGUGCAGUGCAGUAGUGGCAUACGACGGUCCUCUUUCCAAGCCACGUUAUCGUUUCCGUCGUCUUACGCGAGUCAGCUUAGUGGUCCAAUGCGUGUGGGUGGUUGGGUGGGUUCGACGCGAGCGCCAGGAUGCGUGUUUUUGGCGAGUGCGGAUGUGCGCGUCUGUAUUCGUACACUUAACAAAAAGAACACAGUGGCAUGGUACGCGCUGAGAUCCCCAGGUCCGUAUGUGAGGUGAUGCCCGCACUCCAUGGAAUCUUCUCUUCUUUUCCUUCUCUGUUUGACUUUUGUUGAUUUUCUGGUGGGGGGGGGGAGAAUUCACUUUUACAUCACUUUAUAUUUGAUUCUUGCAGUGUGAGGGUUUGGGGGUUAAUGACUAUGAUUCUGUAUGAGGCUUUUGAUUUCUUUUCCUUUAAGUGUAGAACUGUGUGUCCGCUCCGGAGAGCGGACCCCACGCCCGAGUGGAGGACCGCGUCUCCGGCGGUCACCGUGGCAACUCAGUGCUUUAAUUUAAUUUUUUUUUUUUUUUGCUGGAGACAUCACACACCGUGGUGUAACUUUCUAAUGAAUGUUUUAGCCAUUUACAUGGUGGAAGAAUUUUAUAUUUAUGCAGUUGUACAAUUUUUUUUUCUGCAGGAAAAAAGUGUAUUGUAAUGAAACCAGAUACCAAAGUCACUGGUCAGAGUUAGAAAAUGUUCUGAGAUCCAUCGCAGUACCCGUGUCUGUUUAGUGGAUGUUAAAAGUGCUUAUAAAGUCAAUGCUGAACAUCUGUCAGGAGUUACAUCUGCUCUUGUCGUUUUAUUUAAUCCAGGUAAGGUCUAAACAAAUAAAUGUACAACAAACAAA